AGGAACGCAUUAAAUUUAAUUGUUGAAACCUCUCGUAAUGGAAGAGUCAACAUGGAAUAUUGUCUAUGCAGCUGCGUGGGUAUGUGCCGCUGCACUCAUUCUGCUAGCAAAGCAUCUCCGCCGGAGAAAGCUUAAUCUGCCCCCGGGGCCAAAACCGUGGCCGAUCAUCGGAAACUUGGACCUCAUUGGCACCUUACCCCAUCGCUCCAUCCACGACUUGUCGUUAAGGUACGGCCCUAUCAUGCAGCUCCGGUUCGGGUCCUUCCCGGUGGUUGUCGGAUCCUCCGUCGAAAUGGCCAAGAUCUUCCUCAAAACCAUGGACAUCAACUUCGUUGGCAGGCCACAAACCGCCGCCGGAAAGUACACAACAUACAACUAUCGUGAUAUCACUUGGAGUCAGUACGGCCCGUACUGGCAGCAAGCACGACGGAUGUGCACAACGGAGCUUUUCAGCUCAAAGCGUCUCAACUCGUAUGAAUACAUCCGAACGGAGGAGCUGAAAUCCAUCCUCUCCGAGCUGCACAAAAAGUCAUCAUCAGACCCAGGACAACCGCUAAUAUUGAAGGACUACAUGUCCACCCUGAGCUUGAAUGUGAUCAGCCGGAUGGUGUUGGGGAAGAGUUACCUCAAUGAGCUAGAAGGAGCUGUGGUGAGCCCUAAUGAAUUUAAGAAGAUGAUAGACGAACUGUUCUUGCUCAAUGGGGUGCUGGAUAUUGGAGAUUCCAUCCCCUGGAUCGCUUUCUUGGACUUACAUGGGAACAUAAAGAGGAUGAAGGCAUUGAGCAAGAAAUUUGACAGGUUUCUGGAGCAUGUUCUUGAUGAACAUGAUGGUAGGAGGGAAGCCGAGGGGGAGGGGUUCGAGGCCAUGGAUAUGGUGGAUGUUUUGCUCGAGCUUGCUGAUGACCCUAACAAUGAAGUUAAGCUCGAGAGGAAUGGAAUCAAGGGCUUCACACAGGACAUAUUGGCUGGUGGAACAGAGAGCUCUGCAGUGACUGUGGAAUGGGCGGUCUCAGAGUUGCUGAAGAAGCCGGAGAUAUUAGAAAAGGCAACAGAAGAAUUAGAUCGGGUGAUCGGGCGAGAGAGAUGGGUAGAAGAAACAGACAUGCCAAAACUCCCUUACAUUCAAGCAAUUGUGAAAGAGACAAUGCGAUUGCACCCCGUGGCACCUAUGUUGGUUCCACGCCAAUGCCGCGAGGACUCAAAGGCCGCUGGCUACGACAUUCCCAAAGGCACCCGAGUCCUCGUCAGUGUCUGGGCUAUCGGAAGGGACCCUGCGCUGUGGGACAAUCCUAACGAGUUCCUUCCUGAUAGGUUCAUUGGGAAGGAUAUCGAUGUAAAAGGCGCAGACUUUGAGUUACUCCCAUUUGGUGCAGGGAGAAGAAUGUGUCCUGGAUACAGUCUCGGGCUUAAGGUCAUUCAAGCUACUUUGGCUAACCUCUUGCAUGGAUUUAAGUGGAGAUUGCCCGAUGGUUUGACACCUGAUGAGCUCAACAUGGAAGAGAUUUUUGGGCUUUCGACACCAAAAAAGUUCCCUCUUUCUGUUAUUAUUGAGCCAAGGAUUUAGGUGCAUUUAUACUUGUCCUCGCUUUUAUGUGGUGUGAAGCUCUUGUAGAAUAUACCAAUAAUUUUAAGGAGCAGUUCAAUUAAAACAAAUAUGGACAUACUAUGUACUCGCUCCAUCUCAUUCAAAGGUUCUCACUUUCCUUUUUUGGAAGUCCCGUAUAAAAGUUCCCAUUUCUAUUUUAGGAAACAAUUAACAUUC